AUGUUACCUGAUGACAGUUCUGAUCACAAUGUUGCUCCUAAUAUUGAAGCAGCUGAUCAAUUUAUUAUUACAGUUAACAAAACAUCCAUAUUUGUUAUGAACAUAAUAGAUCCUGGUGAUACAGUUAAUGUCACAUUGGAGGCUUAUGAUGGUGACUUUUGUGAAAAUGAUGCUGAUGGUUGCAGUCAAAUAUCUUGCUUCAAUGAUGCUGAAUGCAUUGAUAAUAAACCUCCAGCUGUUGGAGGAAUGUGUCCUGAUUGUCCCUCAGGAUAUACAGGAGAUGGUGCUGCUUGUAUUGAUGUCAAUGAGUGUUCACGAUUUCUUCAUAAUUGUCAACAACUUUGUAUAAAUACAAUUGGUUCAUUUAAUUGUUCUUGUUAUGAUGGCUUUGUUUUACAAAAUGAUACAAGAAGUUGUGUAGAUAUUAAUGAAUGCAAUACAGCUACUAAUCCUUGUGAACAGCAGUGUAUUAAUACUGAUGGUAGCUUUACUUGUCAAUGUAAUACUGGCUAUAUCCUUAACACUGAUGGAAUAACUUGUAAAGGUCAGUAA